GGCUACAUCUCUUCCUCUGGAAGACUCGAGCUGCAAGUCCUUCCUGAAACCAGCGAGCCUAACGCUCGGCGGACCGAGAUGGCUGAUCCCUGGCAGGAAUGCAUGGAUUAUGCAGUAACUCUAGCAAGGCAAGCUGGAGAGGUGGUUCGUGAAGCUCUAAAAAAUGAAGUAAACAUUAUGAUUAAAAGUUCUCCAGCUGACUUGGUAACUGUGACUGACCAAAAAGUUGAAAAAAUGCUUAUCUCUUUCAUAAAGGAAAAAUACCCAUCACACAGUUUCAUUGGUGAAGAAUCUGUGGCCGCCGGGGAGAAAAGUGUCUUAACUGACAACCCUACAUGGAUCAUUGACCCUAUCGAUGGAACAACUAACUUUGUACAUAGAUUUCCUUUUGUUGCUGUUUCAAUCGGCUUUGUUGUCAAUAAAAAGAUAGAAUUUGGAGUUGUCUACAGUUGUGUGGAGGACAAGAUGUACACAGGCAGGAAGGGAAAAGGUGCCUUCUGUAAUGGUCAGAAACUACAGGUGUCACAGCAAGAAGAUAUUACCAAGUCACUCUUGGUGACAGAGUUGGGCUCUUGCAGAACGCCAGAGACUGUAAGAACUGUUCUUUCUAACAUGGAAAAGCUUCUUUGCAUCCCUAUUCAUGGGAUCCGAGGCGUCGGAACAGCAGCUGUCAAUAUGUGCCUUGUGGCCAGCGGAGCUGCUGAUGCAUAUUACGAAAUGGGCAUUCACUGUUGGGACAUGGCAGGAGCCGGCAUCAUUGUCACUGAAGCUGGUGGGAUACUGAUGGAUGUGACAGGUGGACCUUUUGAUUUGAUGUCACGGAGAAUAAUUGCUGCAAGCAGUAAAACCUUAGCAGAGAGAAUAGCCAGGGAAAUUCAGGUAGUGCCUUUUCAAAGAGAUGAUGAAGAUUGAUUCUGACAUCCUCACAUGCUCAGCCAUGGUUGCUGCCUCUCCCCAAAUUUGCUGCCACACUGAUGGUGUCACAAAAUUUAGUACAGCAUUUCAGCCCUAUAAUCUGAUUGGUUUAAAUUGUUUUAGAUAUCCAGAUUUUAAAAAAUUGGUACUUGUUCCAUAUUUUACUAGGACUAGAUAGGAAAGAAUAGAUGAAAUGUUUGUUUCAUUGUUUAAAAUUCUGUGUGUAAGAAUGUACUUUGGGAAAAACACACCGGCAGGUGAUGAGAUGGGUAUCACAUCCACUGAACUAGUCAUUGAACAAUUUAGAAUGACUGAAUCUAUGUUCUUCUGAAAUUUUGACUUGCUGUGUAUGUACAUAAACAUUCUUAAUUAGAGAGUCAUCAUUUUGGAAAAGAAAUUUCUAUUUAGAUUCAGAAGACUUAUUUCAUUGAAUUUUUAAAAAGUAUGAUGAGUACUUCCUAGACCUUGGUUUCUUUCUCCUUAGAGAACCAUGUUUUAUGCAUCAGUGUGAUAGGUAGCACUGAGCACAGUACCUGUCAGAUGGUUAGCAAUCCAAAACUAAGCAUUGAAACAAUGAGUAUUUUGAAGGCAGAAAUUCCUUCAGUUAUAACACAUACACAAAAUAAAGAGCUCACCAUUCUGUAUUUUUCCUUUAGGUUUUGAAGUAACAAUUAUUUAGACAUCCUUUUUAUAUUUCAUGUUAUCUUUCCUAUUAACAUUUUAUUCCGUAUCAUUUCAUUACUGUGCCGCCAGGUGGCGGUCAUUACUGUGGGCAUUUCUGCAGUGCGUCUAUUUUCCAGGACACUGCGUUUCAGUAUUUAUGUGGAGUCCUUUACAGUUGCUGUGUUCAGACUUAUCUGGUUGAGCACAGGAAACCUAGAACUUGGCAGAUACAUGAACGUGAUAAUACUGAACUGUUUGUUUCUUGUCAAACUCCUUGUUUCACAUCUUUACUACCAGUUUCUUUUUAGCCUCUAAAUAUUCCUUACUGACUCAAACUCAAAAAGAAUUGUUCUGGUUCAUAGAUACUUUUAAAGAUUAAUUUAUUUUGCAUGUGAACAGACUAUUAGGUUUUCUUAUGGCUUAUGUGAGCCUUAUAUUUGAAGAAACAUAAGUGCUUCUAUAAAGUUUUUAAGGAAGGUCUUAUCUUCCUGUUGUGCACUUCUAAUACAUUAAAUGUAUACGAUAUUAAGAUUUGAUUAUAAUUGUGCAUUUGUGUUGUUAGUCAUGUGUAGUAAAACAUCUCAUACUGUAUUCUGAUUGUUUUUAUAAUUAAAUAUAUUUUAAUUAAGACAAUAAUAACAUUUUAAUUAAAAAGUAUAAUUGA